AUGGGGAACUGCUUCGGAUGCCGCGACGAAUCUCCGGCUGAUCCGCCGGCCACAGGCAAGUCGCCGCCGCCGUCGUCGUCGUGGCCCAACAAGGAGAUGAGCGCCGGGAGCAGCAGCGGGACAAGCGGGACCAGCGGAUCCAGCGGAACCAUGAGCGGCGUGAGCAGCGGGAGCGAGGACUACGGGCGGUGGCCGAGCACCGGCGCGGACGUGGGCGGGCGGGUCCUGGACGCGCCCAAGCUGCGGGUGUUCACGCUGGCGGAGCUGCGGGCGGUGACGCGCGGGUUCAAGCCGGAGAUGGUGCUGGGCGAGGGCGGGUUCGGGCGGGUGUACAAGGGGUGGGCCGACGAGCGCAGCCUCAACCCGGCCAAGAGCUCCGCCGGCGUCGUCGUCGCCGUCAAGAAGCUCAACCACGAGAGCGUCCAGGGACUCCAGGAAUGGCAGUCGGAGGUGGACUUCCUGGGCAGGCUGCAGCACCCGAACCUGGUGAAGCUGCUGGGCUACUGCGGCGAGGACAGGGAGCUCCUCCUCGUCUACGAGUUCAUGCCCAAGGGCAGCCUCGAGAACCACCUCUUCAGGAGGGGCGCGGCGUUCGAGCCGCUGACGUGGGAGACGCGGCUGAAGAUCGCCAUCGGCGCCGCCCGUGGCCUCGCCUUCCUGCACUCGCCGGAGACGCAGAUCAUCUACCGGGACUUCAAGGCCUCCAACAUCCUCCUCGACGCCGACUUCGGGCCCAAGCUCUCGGACUUCGGCCUCGCCAAGAGCGGCCCCGCGGCGGGGAGGUCGCACGUCACCACCAGGAUCAUCGGCACCUACGGCUACGCCGCGCCGGAGUACGUCGCCACGGGCCACCUCUACGUCAAGAGCGACGUGUACGGCUUCGGCGUCGUGCUCCUCGAGCUGCUCACGGGGCUCCGGGCGCACGACACCAACCGGCCCAGCCACCAGGUGAACCUCGUGGAGUGGGCGCGGCCCUACAUCGCCUCGGGCGGCAGGAAGCUCACCGGCCUCAUGGACCAGCGGCUCGCCGGCCAGUACCCUUCCAAGGCGGCGGCCAAUGCGGCCAGGCUCGCGUACAACUGCCUCUGCGGCGACCCCAAGUCCAGACCCUCCAUGGACGAAGUCCUCGCCAAGCUCGAGGAGAUCGAGGCCAGGGCGUCGGCGCAAGGGAGCCGGGAUGCGCUGCCGCCAAGGCCUGCCCCGUCGGCGCGCCGGUCGCCCUACCGUGCUUCUUCCAGGCCCUGA